AAUCUAAACCAGAGGGGCGGGCGGGAAAUAAAAUAAUAGCAAGAAAUUUCAAUUCAGUUCAUCAAUUUCAAUUUCCCAUUUCCUUUCCAGCCGGCGAUCCGAUCCGAUCCUUUGCAAUCAAUCCCAUCUCUUUCCGAUAAGCUCCAUUUCCCACUUCCAGUUGCUCUUUCCCCCUCCUCCCUUCCAAAUUUGCAGCUCCGAACAGUCGGUUUUCCUCCAUUGCCAUUCUGUGCUGACUGAGGUAAGGCUUUGCUGAGUUUGCCAUUCAGCCACCUAUGGGGAUUGAAGAUUACCAUGUAAUCGAGCUUGUUGGGGAAGGUUCCUUUGGAAAGGUAUAUAAGGGAAGGAGGAAGUACACGAGCCAGACUGUUGCCAUGAAGUUCAUCAUGAAGCACGGGAAAAGUGAAAAGGAUAUCCUCAAUUUAAGGCAAGAGAUCGAGAUUUUACGUAAGCUGAAGCAUGAAAAUAUCAUUGAAAUGCUCGACGCUUUUGAAAGUCCACAAGAGUUCUGUGUCGUUACAGAAUUUGCACAAGGUGAACUCUUUGAGAUACUUGAGGAUGAUAAAUGCCUACCUGAAGAUCAAGUACAAGCAAUUGCAAAACAGUUGGUGAGAGCAUUGCACUACUUGCACUCGAAUCGCAUCAUUCAUCGUGAUAUGAAGCCACAGAAUAUUCUCAUCGGCGCUGGUGCUGUUGUUAAGCUUUGUGAUUUUGGUUUUGCACGAGCAAUGUCAACAAAUACAGUCUUUCUCAAAUCAAUAAAAGGUACUCCGCUGUACAUGGCCCCAGAACUGGUUCGGGAACAGCCGUACAAUCACACUGCUGAUUUGUGGUCACUUGGAGUCAUACUGUAUGAAUUAUUUGUUGGUCAGCCCCCAUUUUACACAAAUUCAGUAUAUGCUCUCAUUAGACACAUUAUCAAGGAUCCAGUCGAAUAUCCCGAUAACAUGAGCCCAAAUUUCAAAAGUUUUCUCAAAGGAUUGCUGAAUAAGGCACCCCAGAAUCGUCUAAGUUGGCCUGCUCUUCUUGAACACCCAUUUGUAAGAGAAAUUUCAGAUGACCUAGAUGCCGAGGAAAUGCAAUAUCGGACUAUGAUAUCGGAGGGAUAUGAUGCAGCACAGAGGGUGGACAAAAGCCAGGUGUCUACUGUUUCAAGUCCCAAGGGUAAAAGUAGCUUCCGUGCUGACUCAUGUCUUCAAAAUGAUCCAUCAUCCAAAGGUCCUAAUUCGACUGCUGGAAACUUACCAAAAUGUGAGGAGUUCCCAGGAUUUGCCUGUCCCAACAAUUUGGAACAGUCAGGUUGCCCACAACUGGACAAACUGGAAAAUAAUUCUUGCACUGUCAAAGGGGCAAAACUAAUCAUUCAAGACAAUGAAGCAAUGACAAUUGUGUUGCAUCCUUUGAAGAAAUGGUCUAAAGACUCCCAAAGGGAUCAAAACAUCCUAAGCUCGGCCAACCAGUCCUUGAAAAUUCUUUCUAACCUUAUUGCUGCUGGAGCAAACAAUGCUAAUGGUUUAGUUGUUGAAGUACUCAAUGAAGUUCUUGGAUUUUUAGGGAAUCUAAUUGGGUUGAAAGCGUUUGACCUUAAUGACUUGGUAGUGAAGGGUUUGAUGAUUGUGAGAAUGCUAGUCGGUAAUCUUGGAGAUGACACUACAAGUUCAUAUGCCCAUCACUGGGUCACUAUACUAGAGAUUUUCUCAAAGGUUGUUAGUUGCAAUGGAUUUGCAUCAGGGCGAACCCUAUCUGAGUCCAGUGCUUGCAUUACAGUGUUCUUGUCUAAGGUAGCUAAUACCCUUAAAGCAUCAUCUAAUAGCAAUACUGAGGCAACUGGAACACCAGUUAUGGCACGUGAAACUGUGAAAUCUAUGAUGCAUCACGCCAGGACUUCUGGUUUGGUGGAUCAUUUGUGUCUUUGCUUAGCAACUGCUGGUUCAAGUCUCCAGAAAGGUUCUUCGAGCUUUUCCCGUGCCGCUGGUGAAGGAUGUACAGCUCUCUGGUCCUUGAUUUAUCUGCUGGAAAUCCUUUCCUUAAAGGACCAUGCUUAUCAAUUUCCUUUAUAUGCUAUGCGGAACAAUUCUUUGCUUCGACUUGAUAUCAAGGAAAACGAACAAGGUAUGCUUCCCGGGAAGGAGUCAACAGAAAUUGUCAAUGCAGUAACUGGUGCUAUUCUCAAAUCCAAACCUAUACAGGUCUCUAUAGAUCAUUGCAUUUGUCACCGCCUUGAACCUGCAGCUUCUGCUAGUAUUCAGCUUUUGACAAGGUGUUGCCUGCACAAUAAAAUUGUUCCUAGUCUUCUCUGCGGCCUGCCAAGCUCCUUACCGGUCACAACUGUAGUCAGUGGUGGUGGAGAUGGUACUAUAAUCUCAGCUAUAUUUUCGUUGUUGGAUCCGCAUUCAGAAGAAAUGAAUGGGAACUGCAACUCGACCAAUUCCUCUGUCUUGGUUCAGCAUUCAUGCCUUCUCCUUGCUACUGUAGCACAAUGUUUGAAGUUUACUGGAAGAAACUCUGCACUGUUUAUGCUUACAACCUCUUCAAAGAAGCAACUAUCACGACUUUCCCUCCUUGCACACUAUUUUUCUUCAGACAACAAGACAGGAGCUUCAUCUACAUGUUCCGCAUCAGCCAUGGUGGCAUUUGCAUCAAUCCUGUUUCUUGAAAGUGGAAGCUCUGUUGAGUCUCCUGUCUCUGAAAUCGCUGCACCUCUAAUUCCCCACAGCUCUAUACUCAGUGAGUCCCUCAAGAUUUCUUUAGCCAAUAAGAAUGGAAGGGAUACUGCAAGCAGUCUACACUCGUACUGGCAUGGCUUGAAAGAUGGAUGUGUAGGUCUGCUAGAAUCAACACUGAAGUGGGGAGGCCGGUCAUCUGUUCAACAGUUAUGUGCAAGCGGCAUUCAUUUUGUCUUUAUCAAUUUGUUAUCAGAGAACAGCUUGAAUGCUUCUUCCAACAAAAUUGAUGGCGCAAAAGAUGGAGUCGGCUUAUCACCUGUUGGAGUUUUGUGGAUGGUAUCUGCAAUUUAUUACUGUCUUUCAGGUGGAUCUUUAACAUUUCGUCAGAUUCUGGUUAGCACUGAGCACAUCAAGCUCAUCAUUGAAUUAAUUUGCGAUGUGCAUCUAAAGCUUCUGAAGAGCUGGAAUGGACCUGGGGGAGGAAAGGAUGGAGUGAGGGAUUUAAUCAAUCUUGUGAUUGAUCUCUUAGCUUUUCCCUUUGUUGCUCUUCAGAAUGCUCCUGGGAUGCCAUCUGCUACUGCUUCUGUAAGCAGUGGGUUCCUCCUCAACUUGGGCAUCUCUGGUGGCAGAAUAUGCAUCGAAGACAGAGGCACUCUCAAAGCAAUUGAAGACGAUAUGGGAAAAUAUAUUAAAGUUCUCUUGGAGGUGGGACUGCCAGGAGUUCUGUUACGAUGCUUGGAGCAUAUAGAGCUAAGAGAUUGUGGAAAACUGGUCGCAUUUAUAGCUAAAAUGGUGAAUCAAGGCCAUCGACCACUUGCAGUCCAAUUUGUGGGCAAGGGCUUGCUGGACCCAAACAGGAUGAGGAGAUUGCUUAAUUGCUCGAGCCCGAAAGAGGUCAUAUUAGAUGUUCUGAAUAUAAUCUCUGAUCUAGCUCGUAUGGACAAGGCUUUCUAUGAAUACAUCAACGGGGCAAGAAUAUUGGACACAUUGAAGGAUUUCCUGACGAAUGAGGAUUCCAAUAUUCGUGCGAAGGCUUGCAGUGCUCUGGGGAACAUGUGUCGGCACAGUCCUUAUUUCUACAAUUCACUGGCAAGGUGCCAUAUAAUUGACCCUCUAAUUGAUCGCUGCACCGACCCAGACAGACGCACACGGAAGUUCGCUUGCUUUGCUAUUGGGAAUGCUGCCUACCACAAUGACUUGUUGUAUGAAGAGUUGCGAAGAGCUAUACCUCCACUGGCAGCACUUUUGGUUUCAACAGAUGAAGACAAGACCAAGGCAAAUGCUGCUGGUGCACUGAGCAAUCUCGUCCGUAACUCUAACAAGCUCAGCGAAGACAUCGUAUCUGAAGGAGCUAUGCAGGCUUUGCUGAAGUUGGUAGCUGAUUGCUCGGUUCUAGCCCUUGAUCCGAGCAGGAAAGAAGCUAUUAACGAGUCCCCUCUCAAGAUAGCUCUCUUCUCGUUGGGAAAGAUGUGUUCGCACCUUCCAUGCUUGCAGUUUCUCCGUUCGUCAGAGCUUUUCUCUGUAAUUGGAAGGCUGCAUCAAUCACAAGAACCGACAAUUGCCAAUUAUGCCUCUAUCAUUGUGAGAAAAGUUUCUGAUGCGUGAAGCUUGAAGGAGCUGCAAUAUCAUCCUGUGAACUCUCUGCUACUGCAUGAUCAGCUCAUAAUGAAUAGAAAAUGAGCAUUUGCUGUUUUCCAGUAGGUCUUGUUUGGUUUCAUCCAUCUCAUUUGCUUUUGGUCAUGGGAGAGUGUGCGAUGGCCACUGGCUACGGGAUCAUUUUUCAGAUGUAAUCUGAUGCCGUGAUGCUGACUUUCUUCAUGUGUAUGGCCUUUGUUUCGAAGUCUCCCACACAUGCUUCUCUUUUUGAAAUGUUACCAAAUCGCAACCAAUUUAUGCAUGCAUUUGCACAUGUGUAUAUACAUGAGUGGAUAAAGACCUUGUGAACCCAAGCCUUAUAUUGUAAAUUUGUUUCGCUGAUACAUCUGUGUUUGUAUAUGCACUCUCUUCAAACUAUUGCUGGA